UCUGAGUCAUUACAGUCAGACUGUCCCCUUCCUGCAGGGAGGUAAUAGCAUGAUAUCAACAGGAACUGCUCUCAAUAGACGACAAAACACGUUCUAUUUUGACAUGGGGGCAGCCAGGAGGUUCAAAUCGGAGAAAUAUGUCUGCUGGAAGCCAAGAGACACAGUCAGACACAGCAUGCCCAGCAGAACCUCUUGUCUAUUUCUCCAACCCUUUGAUGAGUGAUGUCGAAUCAGACUGGUCUCCUAUUCACGAUGCUGCAUUUAAUGGACGUGUUCUCAGUCGGCAAAGGCUCAUCGCUCAGGGAAUCUGCGUGAAUCUAAGUACACUGGACCGAGUCUCACCCCUUCAUGGAGCAUGUCUGCAAGGCAACACAAACUGUGCCAAGCUUCUGGUGGAAAACGGAGCAAAUGUUAACAGCACAACGGUGGAUGGACACACUGCCUUAGCAGAUGCGUGUGCCGGGGGCCACGUGACCUGUGCAUCUCUGCUUCUUCAACAUGGAGCGACACCCCUGGGCACCAGCCCUUCCAGUUCUCCAAUCCACUUGGCUGCAGCCAAGGGUCAACCCGAAUGCAUUGAAAUGCUUGUUCAGCACAGUGCAGAUGUGGAUCAGCAUAUAGAUACCUUAGGCUCUCCUCUGCAUGCCGCCUGCUCCAAUCAGCAACUGGGCUCUGUGAAGAAGCUUCUUCAGCUCGGUGCUGAUGUUAACAGGAGCCUUGCUGGUGACUCUCCCCUACACAUUGCUGCUCGUCUCUCCAGUCCUGAGUUGGUCUCUGCCCUGCUCGAUCAUGGAGCAGACCAUCUCCUGGUGAACUCAGAGGGCAAGCGGCCUUUGGACCUUACUCCUCCUGACACCCUAGUGGGGCGACUGCUGAGAGAAGCAGGAGGAAUACCUUCUCUAAAGCAGCUGUGCCGGCUACACAUCAGGAAAACUGUGGGAAAGCGGAGACUGGGUGGGAUUCCUGACCUUCACCUCCCCAAAAAGCUGCUACAGUAUCUUCUCUACCAAUCAGAGCAAAGCACCCAAAUCACUUCCAGCAAACAACCCCACACUCUGAGCUUUGAACAGUCUGGCCAGCAGGGGGAGAACUUGGACAACCUGGCAGGACAAUGUCCUUCUGAAACAGACUAUAAGGAGAGCCUGGAGAUCAGUGAGAGCUAAUUUAUUAUGAUCACAAAGAAACUUUAAAGCAUUGCCGAAAGACACUGUUAUAUAAUAUUCAUUGCAAAAAGCAUUCCAUUUGUAAACAAUACAAUCUAAAGCAUGUAAGAUAGCAUAUUAUCUUUUAGUAAAGCACUUGGAUCAUCAUUCAUAUUUUCUUUUUAAGGAUGUAAUUAAAAGCUGGAUUUUGUACAACGUCGUUAAAAGG